AUGGAGCAGCCAGGGCAAACAAUCAUUGGACCUUCGGACCAAUGGCUGCACAUUACAGCACGAAGUCCUUUUACAACCCUCCCCGGUAGUUCUCAAGAUCAGCAGGCACUCAGUCUAAAUGAGGCUGUCUCCAUCCCUACCACUGCCAGGGAAGGAGUUACUGUCCCUUGGUCGAGCAUCUUUCGUCUCAGUUGGGCAGUUCUACUUGCCCAAUACGGAUGCUCCACAGCUGUUCAGCUCGAAGCAGAUAUAAUUGCUGUUCAGCUCGAAGCAGAUAUAAUUGAGGCCAAAAACAGUACAGUGAUCAGAAAGGCAAAGAAUAGCACCACUGUUCAUGUCUCAUCUGAACAUAAUAUACAAACUGUUCUCGACGACCUCGAAAAACAACAACAGCAGUUCAGUGCCUCCGGCUCAGAGUUCGUCACUUCAAAGCAGAAUGGGAGUGAGGAUGUACAAGGGUCCCAUGUGUCAGUCAUUAUGCCAUGGAGCUCUGAUAGCUGUGACGGUAUAGCUGGUGCUUCUCAAGCCGCGAAGCAUCCUUCAAAUUGGAAAGAUCACUCCAAUCUUGAUCUUGAGAACAACGAGAUCUUGCGCCUAAUAAUCGUGCCAGGAGCAUCAGGACGUCGUUUCUUCUUUCAUGUUCAAUACUCCUCUGCCCUGGGCUCCAUAGAUGUUGCUGUCAGGAUAAUGCAUCAGUUUGCACACAUUACUCGCCAGAUCAUCUCAAGCUCGACAAAGUCAUUGCAACUUUUGAAUAUGAUGCCAACUGUUGACCAAACAACGCUUCAUGAAUGGAACAGUGAAACAUUCCCACCAAUCUCAAGUUGCUUUCAUCAUAUGGUCACUGCCCAUGCCAAGAAUGACCCUUCCACUCCCGCGAUCUCGGCAUGGGAUGGAAACUUCAACUAUGGCGAGCUUGAUGCGCUCUCUGACAGCCUGGCUUCUCGGCUGGUGCACAGCGGGCUCUCCAAAGGAACAAUUGUACCUCUAUUGUUUGAAAAGUCUAAAUGGAUGGUUGUCAGCGUCUUGGCCGUCCUGAAGGCUGGUGGAGCCUGUGUUGGUCUCUGCAACAGUCAUCCCGACUCAUACGUCAAAGGAAUUCUCGAGCAAACCGGCGCUGGAAUUAUUCUUUGUUCGCCCUCACAAGCUCACCGACUUCAAGGUAUUCAACGCGUUCCCUGGAUUGUUCCUGAUGUCCUCGAAAACGCGCCGGCCUCCGAAAACUGCUCCGAUGUGACAUUGGCUACGGUAUCUUCAGAUCCCAGUGAUCUGGCAUUCGUGAUUUUCACCUCAGGUAGCACCGGAAAUCCAAAAGGAGUACUUCUAACUCAUCAGUCUAUUUCAACUUCGGCGCAUUACCACGGCCUUGCAGUCAAUGUAAAACCUACGUCUCGGAUUUUGCAAUUUUCCUCAUACGCCUUCGACAUGAGCGUCAUUGAGACGUGGUAUGCACUAGCCCGUGGUGGUUGUCUCUGUAUUCCAUCCGAAACUCAGCGACUUCUCGAUCUAGGUACCUUUAUUCAAGAUCACCGCGCGUCUUGGGCAUUCUUCACCCCAACCAUGCUACGCGCUUAUCGGCCCGGCGAUCUACCCGGUCUAGAGAGCAUCGUUCUUGGAGGCGAGAACGUGACACGAGAUCUCGUAUUGCAAUGGAAAGACCACGCCCGUCUCUUUGAUCUCUGGGGUCCUGCGGAGUGUGCUGGUGCAGCGGGCUGUGAAAUUGUACCAAAGAGCUGGGUUCCAGGGACGUUCGGUCGUGGCGCUGGCUGCCACAUCUGGAUCGUGCGGCCGGAUGAUUCUGACCACCUGAGUCCGGUUGGAGCAGUGGGUGAGCUGGUUAUUGAAGGUCACAUUGUUGGUCGGGGCUACUUGAAUGAUCUCAUUCGCACCGAGCAGGUGUUCGUUUCGCCGCCUAAGUGGCGGUCGAUGUUCUCGGCUCCAGUACAGGGUCAUUUCUACAAAACGGGAGACCUCGGCCAAUACAAUGCUGAUGGAAGUGUACGAUAUGUCUCGCGAAAGGACACUAUGGUCAAGAUCAACGGACAGCGUGUUGAUGUGGAUGCUGUGGAGGUGGCCAUCCGCACUCUCCAGCCACAGCGCCAGGUCGCUGUAGACGCAGUGUUAUUAGAUGGCCGCCAUGAAAGGACGGACCCAGUGCUGAUAGGCUUUAUUGAAACUCCUGCCGGUGCGGAGUGGGCUGAGGAAGAGCAUCUGGCCCCUACCACGCGGCCUAUACGCGAUCCAGUCACAUACAUCAUGGAAGCUACACAAUUACAAAACGAGCUCUCCCACUGUCUACCUCGUUUCAUGGUACCAGCCUUUUUGAUUCCGCUGACUCGUCUCCCCCUCGGCGCUACCGGCAAGGUGGAUAAAAAGCGCUUGCGAGCCUCUGUGUGCACACUGUCCCAUACAGAUCUUGUGUCCUGGCUCAAUCCAAAGUCUACAUCGUCAUCAUCAUCCGAAUGUGGUUCUCCAUGCCCCAAAAUUCCAAAGAACAAGACCGAGCAUCUCAUCGUUGAUAACGUUGCUAAAAUCCUUGGAAUGGAUAAAUCCAUGAUCGACAUGGAGACAUCCUUCCGGCAGCUUGGAGGCGAUUCCGUCACAGCAAUUCAGCUGGCAAGACAUCUAGUAGAAAAUGGCCUAACUCCGCGAGUGGAGGACAUUCUUACCGGAAGUUGGACUCUGACUGAGCUCGCAGCAACAGUCCAACAGAUGACGCUAGCUCGUGCCUGUGUACCGGUUCCGUUCUCCUUGAUGAUCCCUGAAGAUCGGGUUACAGCCUUGAGAGAGAGUGCUGCCACGCAGUGCGGUGUUUCUGAUGCUCAAAUUGAGGAUAUGUAUCCUUGUACACCGUUGCAAGAGGGUCUGCUCACUCUCACUACCCGAUCGGCGUCGGACGCGUACGUCGACCGAUUUCUCUGCGGUGUUCCUCCGACUACCGAUUUUGAUCGCCUCGAGCAUGCUUGGAAACUGGUCAUUGAGCGGGUCCCUACACUAAGAACCCGGAUCGUGCAGAUUUCUGGAAGCCCCGCAUUCCAGGUCGUGAUCCGUAACACUGAAAUAGUCCCCACGUUAUACCCAGAUGUCGAUAGUUUUUUGACGGGUGACUGUGCUGUUGAAAUAGCCUUCGGAUCACCGCUGUUCCGCCUAAGUCGUGUUGCAACAGAGCCGGAGACUUUGGCAAUCACAAUUCAUCACGCCAUAUACGACGGAUGGACAUUUUCACUGUUACUGAGGCUAGUGGAGCAAACCUACCAGGGCUCUUCUGUUGUGCAACCGUUGCCGUUCUCCCUCUUUGUCCAGCAUCUGCAACAGAAGCAGGAUUCUAUUGCCACUGCUGAAUUUUGGCGGCGUGAGAUGGCUGAUGUCCAGCCGAUCACUUUCCCUGAGUAUCCAGCUCCGGAUUACUAUCCUCGAGCGGCAACCGUCGUCCACAGGGAUGUUGAAAUGCCCUUGACCACAUCAUCUGCCCCGGCUACAGUCGCCGGCCCAACGACACGACUAUGCCUGGCUUGGGCGAUGUUACUUUCCCUUUACAGUGGCACACAAGAUGUUGUAUUUGGCAAUGUAAUGGACGGGCGCCGGGUAGAUCUUCCUGGCAUUGAAGCAGUAGCUGGGCCCACGUUGAGCACUGUCCCCGUUAGGGUUCAACUUCAGCGCCAAUCGACCGUUCGGGACAUGCUUCAGCAGAUGGAAGAAACAAUGACUCGAAGAAUUCCGUUCGAGCACUCCGGUCUGCAAAAUAUUGCCCGUACGGGCUCCGAUGCCGCUCUAGCGUGUCAAUUCCGCAGUCUGCUCGUGGUACAAUCCGAUCCCGAGGUAUUUGAAUCACCAGUACUGGGCAAUAUUGAGGUUCGUCUAGGAGGGGGUGUGCAAGGAUUCCCCGGAUUUGGGCUGAUCCUCAUUUGCCACCCUCAUCCACAACGUCAGUCCUACACUUUGCUUGUAGAUGAAGCCCUGGUCUCACAGCGACAGGCGUCGCAGAUGCUCGAGCAGUUCAGUCAUCUGCUUCAUGAGCUCAGAGAAGACACUCGAUUGCUUGGUGACAUCGACUUGCUCUGCCGUGGCGAUCGAGCUCAGCUUUCGAAGUGGCAUAGUGAUAUACCAGAGAGCUGUGACUACUGCGUGCAGGAGGUGAUCGGCCAGAGGGCCACUAUUCGGCCCAACAAGAUCGCCUUGUCCGCAUGGGAUGGCGACUUGACAUACGCCCAAUUAGAUCGUCUGUCCUCAAUAGCUGCCUCAGACUUGAAAGCCAAAGGUACAUUGCAUGGUACUGUGAGCUGCAUUCUCUUUUCUCACUCACGAUGGGUUGCUGUGGCCAUUCUCGCCGCUAUGAAAGCCGGCACCCCAUUUAUCAUGUUAGAUCAAGACCAGCCACAGGCUCACCAUCAGGCCCUCUGCCAGAGAGUCGAGGCAAAACUAGUCCUGACGUCCGAGAAUUUGGUCGCCCAGGCCAACGGUCUUGGGCUUGACUCCGUGUAUGUAAUUGGUCCCCAGUUGGAAGAUCUGGAUUGCCCUAGCCAACUUCAGAUUGCACCCGGACAAUCUCCAACAAGCAAAGAUAUCGCCUACAUUAUCUUCACGUCCGGAUCGACGGGUCAACCAAAAGGAGUGAUGAUCGAGCACUGCCAAUUUGCCGCGGCCGCUGUGGCUCAGCAGAAACAUCUUCAUAUCAACUCGGCAUCUCGAGUCCUUCAUCUCUCUUCUUACGCCUUUGACUCCUUUGCUGUGGAGAUUCUUACAACCCUUUGCGCCGGAGGGACGGUGUGCGUUCCAACAGAACAAGAUUGUCGCCAUGACAUUGUUCAAACAAUUCGACGAUUCCAGGCCACCUGGAUGGUGAUCACGCCAUCAAUGUUAAGAUUGAUUGACACGGGCGAUGUUUCAAGCCUUGAGACUCUGGUUGCGGUCGGAGAAUCUAUGUUACCUGCGCAGGCGGAAUAUUGGGGAUCUCGCGUUCGGCUUCUCUGUGGAUAUGGGCCGACUGAGUGCUGUACUGGCGCCUCGGCCUAUCCAAUCGACCCUGCAAACAUGGAUGUGCGCAAUAUUGGAGCAGGAAUGGGAUCACGUCUUUGGCUGGUACAUCAAGAGAAUCAUCAUUCUUUAGUGCCUGUUGGGACAAUUGGCGAGAUUAUUAUUCAGGGCCCGAUUGUUGGACGGGGAUACUUGAACGACCCCCAGAAGACGGGAGAAGUGUUUCUCGAGUCUGCUGACUGGGUAUCGCAAUUUACCUCUAACCCACAAAACCGUCUGUAUAAAACCGGAGAUCUUGGACGGUACAACGAGGAUGGCACUUGCACAUUCUUAGGUCGUAUUAGCCAACAGAUCAAGGUUCGCGGUCAGCGCCUAGAUCUUCCAGUGCUCGAACACCACCUUCAUCAGGUUCUCGAUGCGAACUGCAUGGCAAUUGCAGCAGUAAUUAUUCCUGGGGGGGCAAAUGUCCAUCCUGUCCUUGUGGCCAUGAUCCACCUUCACGCCGACGAUGACCCUAAAGAUGCGCCAGGAGAACAAGAAGUGUUUUCCUCGCAUUCUCCUACAUUCACUUCGCUAGCUCUCAGAGCCCAGGAAGCGCUUCAGCACGCUUUAUCGCCAGCAAUGGUUCCAUCUCUGUUCCUACAACUCCCGCGGUGGCCACUACUUGUAUCCGGCAAAGUCAACCGACAGGUUCUUCAGCGGACGGCAUCCGCAUUGCCAGCGGCAGAACUAUUCAAACUUGGACGUUUGGCAGUAAGCCCGGACGAGGAGACUCUCCACGAAGACGAAAGCGUGGCUUGGACGCUUUCACAUUGGCUGGUAAAUAUUUUCAACGAGCGUGUCAAGUCGUCCCAGUCGGCUUCUAUUCCCAGCGGGACGGACGACUGCACAGAUGAAACCCAAAUCGCCGGUCGUAAUGUCACACCGGUGCGACUGGGUAUGGACUCAAUUGAUAUGAUGGCUUUCGCGCGGAUGAUCGCGCGCGAGUAUGAUGUUACCAUUCCCACAACGACGCUUUUCCAGAGCUCCCUGACAGUGCGUAUGAUUGCCGAGAUCAUCCUCGCUGAAAGAUCUCCCGCAAAACUGUCACAGCCAGACACAAAACAGGCCCGUUGGUGGAUUGACUAUCAAAGGCUGAAGGGCGCCGUGGAGAAUCUGCAGAGUUCAAAGGUCACCACUCUCUGUCGUGAUGCGCCUCAAACUGAACACAUAGCUCCAGCAGCGCGGUCCGUCUUUCUCACUGGUGGUACAGGAUUCCUGGGCUCGCGACUGCUUCAACAGUUGGUUGUAAGCCCCGAUGUGUCAUCUGUGGUCGUGCUUGUCCGGGGAACUACCAGUGUCACCAAAGCAAUGGCUCGCAUUAUCCAAUCGGCGAGACUGGCGCAGUGGUGGAGGGACGACUACCGACGCAUGAUUGACGUCUGGCUAGGGGAUCUGGCACUCCCUCAACUGGGUCUGUCGGAUGAUCAAUGGUCGAUUCUUUGUGGCAAUUCCGAGUCUCACUUUGAUGCAAUCAUUCACAAUGGCGCGAUGGUGCACUGGGUUUACGAUUACGAUGUCCUGCAAGCUAGCAAUGUUCAAAGUACAUUUGAGUUCCUGCGGGCUUUAUCGUCCAGUGCCCAUCCCACCAACUUUACGUAUGUCUCGGCUCUACGGCCUGGGGAAACGCAAGUCCCCGUUGCGGAAGAAGUUUACGAUUCACUGUCUGCAGCCGAGGGAUACAGCCAGACCAAGUCAGUUUCUGAGAUGCUCAUUCAGCACUAUGUAAAGUGCCACGGAAGACACGACAGGACUUUCUCAAUUGUGCGGCCAGGUCUCAUGAUGGGCUCAGUUGCGGAUGGUAUUUCCAACAUGGAUGAUGUGAUUUGGCGCACCGUUUCGGCCGCCAUCAAUGCUGGCGGAUACAACGCAAAGGAGGACAAUUCCUGGAUCUAUAUUGCGCCUGUGGACUGGGUUGCCACCGUCAUCGUCUUUGAGACCAUUCACGCAUCUUUGGUUGCUGCAGAUACAGUCAGUCUAACUGUCCUCGAGGAUGGUUUGCUCGUCCAAGACUUCUGGCAAGCUAUUAUCCAGGCCACAUCGAUGUCAUUGCUACCCAUGGAUGGUGCAAAAUGGUUGGCGCAGAUCGAAAACCAAAUACACGCAAUUGGAAAGCACCACCCCCUAUGGCCUGUCAUUGAUCUUUUCCAAGCCAGUUCAGGCUGUAUAGGAUCACCCCUUGGAGAUGGGCGCAAGGUCGAGCAACCACGAGGGUCAAGUCUGAGUAUGAUCUGGAUGACAGUGUUGCGAAGCGCACAGUACCUGACCUCGAUGGGUUACUGGGAGGACAUGACGAAAAGUACGCAUCAUGAUGAGGAGAUAAACAGGCUUGCUUUCGGACGCGCGAGAUCAACAUUGAAUAUCUUGGCUUAG